UCAGGUACCUCAUCACAAAAUCAUCGCAUAAAAGUUGCCUUGAGGCAGUUUGCAGUGUAUAUCGCCAAUCUCUUCCUUUUAACUUCCGAUGCUUGGGCUCCAGUUGUCCGUGACACAGAAUUAGAUGUGGAGACCGCUGAUCGCUAUAACUUGAUUCUUUUGGGCAGCCCUCUGGAAAACACUUGGGUUGAACGUUACCAUGGAAAGGUUCCACUGAAGUAUCAGGACAAGACAAUGACAUUGGGUAUGUUUUCCUUCUUUUUUUUGGAGACCUCCCCCUCCCCCUUAGCUAAGAGCCUGGAUGCCCCCCCCCCCCCCUUUAUCUCAAGGUCUGGAUCUGACACUGAAGGGUGUUAGCUAAAAACAAAAAAGCCGUUGGGAAAAUGAAGAUUUCGCCAGAAUGCAGUGUUUCGUUUCCAAACCGCGUGCCACAAAAUGGAACGUUUUAUUUUGUUGUUACAGUCCACCGCCAUGCUUGUACUUGUUUAGCCUACGAACGCAGACGUAGUUCUGGUCGUCGCUUUUCUCCACCGCAAACACGUCUGCGUUUGCAGGCAAAUACUUAUUCUCAACAGGCAAUGUCAAAUUUCAUUUGGAGAAAUAGUGCCAUAGGUAAAUUUCAGUCAGUAGCUUUCGUUCUGUUAAUUCAUAUGGUCAAACUUGAUUCCAGGAAGUUCCAAUUUUGUACCACUUACAGUGGUAGCACAAGAAAGCACUGUUAUGUACUAGAUUUUCAGAAUAGUAAUCUUUGAAGGUUAAAGCAUUGCUCAGUAGCUAUCAUUUUAAUGGACGCACUUAAGAAUUUCAUUCACUGGCUCAAAGAAGAACCAACUCUGACAAUAAGAAAAGUACUUCAAAAGUUAGAACCACCUUGUACAAAAAAAAAAAAAUAAACAGUAAGGUACUGCUCAGUAGCUUUCAUUUGAAUGGACACACUCUAGGAUUUCAUCCACAGACUCAAAAGUUGGGGUAAGAUAAUUAUACCUCUGUGUCUCGUAGAACCACCUUGUACAGCAUAAUAAACAGUACCACAGAAAAGUACUGCUUAGUAGCUUUCAUUUGAAUGGUCACAAUUUAGGAUUUCAUCCACAGACUCAAGAGUUAGAACCACCUUGUUCAGCAUAAUAAACAGUAAAACAGGAAAGCACUGCUCAGUAGCUUUCAUUUAAAUUGUCAUGUACUUUCCUUUUCAUCCAUGGUAUCAAAGAUAUUUAUCUCUGCAAACAGCAAUUGAUCAUCGGUGUUUUCGAUGUCAUAGGUCACUGCAACUUCUCUUCACCCCAGACCGGCGCGGUUUUCCUGGCGCCCCACGCGGGCUCCCGUUUGGCGCUUAUCAUAUCCGGGAAUUCCAUCGAGGGAAUCCGGGAUGCCGUGCAUCUCGCCUCGCCUACGAUUCCUCCAAUGGCAAGAUCACCUUUUUCAAAUAUGGUUCCUGAUUACGUCAUUACCGGGCCGUCGUUCCGUGCACAAGGGCCUGGGGGCUACUUAUGCGCCGGGUUCUGGGACAACCGCUGGGGAUAUGGCAGGGAGAUAUCAUCUUGCGUUUGUUAA